AGACAUAUUUUCAUACUUUUGUAAUAACAACUAUCCAUUCUUCCAAGAAUUGGUUACUCAGUUGUGCCAUGCUGCUAGUAAUUAUCAUUUAGAGACAAUCAAGCCAUACUUGGAACAUAUAUUUUAUUUGUGUCUGAUGAAUGACGGUUUACCGCAUAAACGUGUUCAAUUUGCUGUUCAGGAAGUACUCAAGCUCUCAAAGACUUAUAACAAUUUUCCCAAUUGUUGUGAAUGCUUCCACUUUAUCGAAGCUAUCUGCGAAUCGCACGUUGGUCCAAUUGCUCAACGGUUUUUAGAACUCUACCUGUCGGAAUGGGUUCCCACUUUCCUGCUUUACAAUAUGUACGAUGUGGUUCGACAAAAAGCGGAAAGCCUUUGCGACAUUGUUAUAUUUAAAAAGUUAGAUGAAGUUCGGGAUGAACAAGAUAUGCAGGAAGCGGAAGAGUCGGUUAAGAAAUUGUAUUGCCUACUGUUGGAUAUGAUGGAGAGUGCUGAGGCUU